GGUCUCACUCUCCUCCUGCGACCAACCCUCUCGCAGUGGCUUCAGCUCCUGCUUCUUCCAUUCUUUCACAGCAUCUUCGGACCCAGACUGACAUGGCCCCGGCCACUAUGGCAGCUGCAAGGAGAGCCCUCUGCCUGGCUGUCCCGCUUCUCCGGCGCGGUUACCAGACGGAGAGGGGCGUCUAUGGCUACCGGCCUAGGAAGGCCGAGAGCAGAGAGCCCCGAGGCGACCGUACACGCCCCUCAGUUGAUCACGGCCUUGCCAGGUUGGUGACAGUUUAUUGUGAGCAUGGCCACAAAGCCGCCCAGAUCAACCCUCUCUUCCCGGGACAAGCCCUGCUGGAUACCGUGCCUGAAAUCCAAGCCCUCGUACAGACCCUGCAGGGACCCUUCACUACGACAGGACUGUUGAACAUGGGCAAAGAAGAGGCUUCUCUUGAGGAAGUCUUAGCCUAUUUGAACCAUAUCUACUGCGGGCCAAUUUCUAUUGAAAUCGCACAGCUUCAGAGCCAGGAGGAGAAAGACUGGUUUGCCAGGAGGUUUGAGGAGCUGAAAAAGGAGUCGUUUACCACAGAAGAGCGAAAACACCUGGCAAAACUAUUGCUAGAAUCUCAGGAGUUUGACCACUUUUUGGCCACCAAGUUUGCCACAGUGAAGAGAUAUGGCGGUGAAGGGGCUGAGAGCAUGAUGGGAUUUUUUCACGAGUUGCUGAAGUCGUCAGCCUAUGGCGGUAUAACUGAUGUCAUUAUUGGGAUGCCCCAUAGAGGGAGGCUGAAUUUGUUGACAGGCCUUCUGCAGUUACCUCCAGAGCUGAUGUUCCGUAAAAUGCGAGGUUUAAGUGAAUUUCCAGAAAACGUCUCAGCCAUUGGAGAUGUCCUGUCCCAUCUGACCUCCUCCGUGGACCUAGACUUUGGUGCCCACCGUCCCCUCCAUGUGACAAUGCUGCCUAAUCCCUCUCAUCUGGAAGCCGUUAACCCCGUGGCUGUCGGGAAAACUCGUGGCAGGCAGCAGUCUCGGGGAGAGGGUGACUACUCACUGCACGGUUCUGCUCAGCCUGGGGACAGAGUCAUUUGCCUGCAGGUUCACGGUGAUGCGUCCUUCUGUGGUCAAGGGAUUGUUCUUGAAACAUUCACGCUCUCUAAUCUCCCACAUUUCAGAAUUGGUGGGAGUAUCCAUCUAAUCGUCAAUAACCAGCUGGGUUACACCACUCCAGCGGAAAGAGGAAGGUCUUCCUUAUACAGCAGUGAUAUUGGAAAGCCUGUAGGCUGUGCCAUCAUCCACGUCAAUGGAGACAGUCCAGAGGAAGUGGUCCGGGCCACACGACUUGCUUUUGAAUAUCAGCGCCAGUUCCGAAAGGAUGUGAUUAUUGAUUUGUUAUGCUAUAGGCAGUGGGGCCAUAAUGAGCUGGAUGAACCUUUCUUCACCAACCCAGUCAUGUACAAGAUCAUCAGAGCCCGGAAGAGCAUCCCUGACACCUAUGCAGAGCACCUCAUUGCCAGUGGACUCCUGACCCAGGAGGAGGUUUCUGACAUAAAAGCCUCCUACUACACCAAGUUAAAUGACCACUUAACCAAUGCAGCCCACUACAGCCCCCCGGCCACUAACCUGCAGGCCCACUGGCAGGGCCUGGCGCAGCCAGAAGCACGCAUCACCACCUGGGACACCGGUGUGCCCCUCGACCUCCUUCGCUUUAUUGGUGUGAAGUCCGUGGAGGUCCCAGAGGAGCUGCAGUUACACAGCCACCUUCUCAAGAUGUAUGUUCAGUCAAGGAUGGAGAAGAUGAAGCAGGGAACAGCUUUGGACUGGGCCACAGCAGAAACCCUUGCCUUGGGCUCCUUACUUGUUCAAGGUUUCAAUGUUCGUCUGAGUGGCCAAGAUGUUGGCCGUGGAACUUUCAGUCAAAGGCACGCCAUGGUGGUUUGCCAGAACACGGAUGAUGCCUACAUUCCUCUGAACCACAUGGACCCAAGUCAGAAAGGGUUUCUGGAGGUUAGCAACAGCCCGCUGUCAGAAGAGGCUGUCCUGGGGUUUGAAUAUGGAAUGAGCAUUGAGAGCCCAAAGUUGCUGCCCCUCUGGGAAGCUCAGUUUGGUGAUUUCUUCAAUGGCGCCCAGAUCAUCUUUGACACGUUCAUCUCUGGAGGAGAGGCCAAGUGGCUCCUGCAGAGUGGCAUUGUCAUCCUCCUUCCACAUGGCUAUGAUGGGGCUGGACCUGACCACUCAUCUUGCCGAAUAGAGCGGUUUUUGCAGAUGUGCGACAGUGCAGAAGAAGGGGUGGACAGCGACACUGUGAACAUGUUUGUGGUGCACCCAACUACGCCCGCUCAGUAUUUCCACUUGCUUAGAAGACAAAUGAUGCGGAAUUUCAGAAAACCUCUCAUUGUUGCUUCUCCCAAAGUGUUACUCAGGUACCCUGCAGCUGUGUCAGCUCUUCAGGAAAUGGCCCCAGGAACAGCAUUCAAACCUGUCAUUGGCGAUUCAUCAGUAGAUCCAAAAAACGUUAAAACCCUCAUAUUUUGCUGUGGUAAACAUUUUUAUGCCCUGCUGAAGCAAAGAGAAUCUUUGGGGGCCAAGAAGCAUGACUUUGCCAUCAUUCGAAUAGAGGAACUCUGCCCUUUCCCGCUGGAUUCAUUACAACAAGAGAUGAGCAAAUACAAACAUGUUAAAGAUAUCAUUUGGAGUCAGGAGGAGCCUCAGAACAUGGGUCCAUGGUUUUUUGUUUCUCCAAGGUUUGAAAAACAGCUGGCCUGCAAGCUCCGUCUUGUAAGCCGGCCCCCUUUGCCAGCACCUGCAGUAGGAAUUGGCACCAUGCAUCAGCAGCAGCAUGAAGACAUCCUCACCAAGACCUUUGCUUCAUAAUGUGCUUUGAGAAAAACAGGAUUGUGUUUUAAGUGAAGUGCCGUAAAGGUGAACCUGCUUCUUCCACCCUUUCUCCUUUCCUCUGGCUAGCAUGGAAGCCCGUGGAGUGAUUUGGACAAAUGACUCUAGAAUAAGUGGAUAAGCAGGGAAACUGAUUUUAUAACUAAUGAAAGAGAUAGUAGAUUAUUAUCCUUUGCAGGACAGUAGUGUUUGUUAUGCUUUGGUUAGAUAUGAAUGAACUGAAAAAGGAGGCCAUUAACCAGAUGUACUCAGACUCCACUGUAACUGACCAUAAAUGAGCAAAAAAAGUUCUUUGGCUAAAACAUGGGGCUGUAUAUAGGCAGUGUAUAGGCAGCCCCAACACGACCACUUACUUGUUUAGUGCACAUGACUUAUCUUAAUUUCCCCCUUUUUAAAAACCCUCUGAACAGCAAUAUUUUUGUUUUAAGACAUCUCUGAGCCACUCUACGAAAUGUUCCACCCAAUACCAGUAGAAUCAGACCAUUCUGGAUUUGUGUUCUUUCAGGAUUUAUCCAUUAUCAUGAAAAGUAAAUCCUGUUAAAUACAACUUUCUGAUUGUGUGAUCUUCUAGCACUGUGCUGAGACAGUUUCCUGUUGUCCAGGCUGGCCUCAUCCUCACUGUAUAACAGAGGAUGACUGACUGAACUUCUGCUCUUUCUGCCUCUGCCUCCUGAGUGCUGGGACUCCUCACUUGUGCGGUCAUGUCUAGUUAAUUCUAGUGAUGAGGAUCAAGUGGUAGGGAGGACUCUACCAACUGAGCUGCUGCCCUGGCCCCUAGUGACUUUUAAAUUAUGAAGUGUUAGCUGUAUUAAAACUGGCUUGUGCUUUAUUUUACCAUUAAGUUCCCCUUCCUCCCAUUUUAUUACUUUGACAUUUCUAACUUUUAAACUAACUUUGGUGUCUGAUGGGUGGAUUUCAGUAUCAGGCUAAUCAUUUUUGUCUCUAAAAGUUCCAAGUACAACUAUGAUGUAUGUUCGUGCUGUAAAGGACUUUAAUUUUUUAGCUACCUCCCCAAAGCCAGGUCCUUGGGGUUCCUUAGAGUCACCAAGUGACCCACUUUACUUGGAGUUAAGCCUAAUGUUGGAACCAAAUCGAAACAGUAGCUGUGUGGCUUCGUUUGAACUGGCUCUAGGAGCAUCUGCCAUGUACCACUCUUGCUUUACGAUACUGUUUUUCUAAAAGAUGAUGGGGGCAUAUAAAAGGCUGGAAUGCAUCUAUUCCCUGUUCUCUUUUACCAUCAAUGGGCCGUGUCUUAAAUCAUUAAUGAAUAGGCAAUUCUAGAUUAGUAAUAGAUUUGUAAUGCACAGCUUUUUGUUUGUUUUUGAGAUAGGGUCUCACUAUGUAGUUCUCACUGGCCUGGAACUCAGAUCUUUGUUCCCUGAGUGCUGGAAUUAAAGGUGAACACCACCACGCCAGACUACAAUUUACAUUUUAAAACCAUUCUUUAGUAUACUUAUUUAACAUUCCUGUAAUAUUUGCUUCUCUUUUUUUUUUCUGUGACUUCCUACCCCCUUCCUUCCUGUCUUCCUACCUUUCUUCCUUUUCUUCCCUUCUCCUUCCCUUCUCUUUCCUCCCUUCCUCCCUUCCUCCCUUCCUCCCUUCCUCCCUUUCUCCCUCCCUCCCUCCUUCCCUCCUUCCCUCCCUCUCUUUCUUUUGUUCAUUCGUUCAUUCUUCCUUACUUUCUAUUUUUCUUUUCUCUGGAUCUGGGUAUCAGUUCUAGAGCCUUGUGCCUACUAGCUCCACCACCGAACCUUUACCUCCCUUUUCUCUCUGUAUUCCUCAGUCCUUUUUUCUUGGAUCAAGCCUUAUAAAUCUUGUAGCUUAGUACUACUUAUAUAAAUCAGUAAAAUUUCAAAGGCCUGUUGGGUAAGAAUGAUAAUGUAUAUUUAGGUAGAAAAAAGCAUAAUAUAUCUUUAUUCUCAGAUCUCUUGGUUUCUUAAAGGAUUUUAAAACUCUAGUUAUAAAAUAAAAUGGAAGUUAAUAUGUUUAAAAAUAUUUUUGUCAUAGCAGGAUAGUGGUGAAUACCUUUAAUCCCAGCAUUCAGGAG